CCGAUGGAUGGAUGACUGGAGUUUCCCUUGCGGUGUGAAGAUUAAUGGAAAGGGUCUGUUGAUCUUAGCAAUCGACUGUCAGAUGGUCGGUCCGAGGAAACCAUUGCACUUAACGCUUGGCUUCGAAGCGAGUGGAGAGAUAUCCGUUUGAAAUAACCUACAGCGGGAAAAAAAAGAAUAACCUGGACAGCACUUUUGUUAUCCAGGUCUGAACAGAAAAGGCCUGCCCACACAUACAGCACCUGGUUAGUUCAGGCCAGGAUACGACUGCGAGGGACGCUCGGAGCUAACGCUAGCCUGCUCGUUAGACAGACCGAAAAAAACGGCUUUCGACGAUCUGUCUAAUGGACUAGAACUGGAUUUUGGAUAUAUUAAAACCGUCUCUGGAAAUUAAGGACAGUCGAGUGAUAUAUCUUGAUUUGCCUAUUGACGAGCUAACGCUACCAAGCUAACAUUAGCUAGCCUCGCUAACCCCCAGCGCCAGUGUUAGCUGCAGACUUGGAUAGACUCGCUUGGCUGGACUUUUCCGAACUCACUAAGAAAACAAAGUAGCAGAGGAAAUAUAUUUACAGUUAGUCAAUAAUGGUAGCUGUUAGCUAGUAGCUAACUGACAGCUUCAUUGAACCAAGGGACUGCGUUAACGGUGUAGCAUCACUUGAACGACUUUGUAAAGGAAAACUUAGUCCGAGUCCGGGGACUCCACCAUCAGUCUGCCAUCAUGGGCAACACGCCCACCGCAAAGAAGGGCAAUGAGAUGGAGAGCGUGAAGGAGUUUCUUGCCAAAGCCAAAGAAGAUUUCCUGAAGAAAUGGGAGAAUCCAGCACAGCAAACUGCGGCAUUGGACCACUUUGAGCGUUUGAAGACCUUAGGCACUGGUUCUUUUGGUCGAGUCAUGCUGGUUAAACACAAAGAGACGGGCCAGCAUUUUGCCAUGAAAAUACUUGACAAACAGAAGGUAGUGAAGCUGAAGCAAAUAGAACACACACUGAACGAGAAACGUAUCCUGCAAGCUGUCAGCUUUCCCUUUCUGGUGCGACUGGAGCACUCGUUUAAGGACAACAGUAAUCUGUAUAUGAUAAUGGAGUAUGUACCUGGGGGCGAAAUGUUCUCACACUUAAGGAGAAUCGGUAGAUUCAGUGAACCACAUGCCCGCUUCUACGCAGCCCAGAUUGUACUGACCUUUGAAUACCUUCACUCUCUGGAUCUCAUCUACCGAGAUCUGAAGCCGGAGAACCUGCUCAUCGACCAACAAGGUUACAUACAGGUAACAGAUUUUGGAUUUGCAAAAAGGGUAAAGGGCCGAACCUGGACACUUUGUGGGACUCCAGAGUACCUGGCACCAGAGAUCAUCCUCAGUAAGGGGUACAAUAAAGCAGUGGAUUGGUGGGCUCUGGGAGUGCUGAUAUAUGAGAUGGCCGCUGGUUACCCCCCCUUCUUUGCAGACCAGCCUAUUCAGAUUUACGAGAAGAUUGUAUCAGGGAAGGUUCGCUUUCCCUCCCACUUCAGUUCAGACCUGAAGGAUCUGUUGAGAAAUUUGCUGCAGGUGGACCUGACCAAGCGCUUUGGCAACCUCAGGAAUGGAGUCAAUGAUAUCAAGGGCCACAAGUGGUUCGCUACCACUGAUUGGAUUGCCAUCUACCAGAGGAAGGUGGAAGCUCCCUUUAUUCCUAAGUGCAAAGGCCCCGGUGACACAAGCAACUUUGACGACUACGAGGAAGAGGAAAUCAGAGUCUCCUUCACAGAGAAGUGUGCAAAGGAGUUUGCUGAGUUCUAGAUUCCAACCAUGAGUAGUGGCGAGACAGGGGAUUUUGAAAGUAAAAGGGGGUCUGAAGAAAGGAAGCACUAGGGUGGACUGCUAACUUGCUUAUUUGUAAUGACGACAACAUUGUAAAAUCCCCCCAAUGGAAAGGUAGGCAAAGUGAAGAAAGAUCCAACAGAACCAGCAGUGUUGCCUUUUCUGAUUGUUUCUCAACUGUUACCUAUUCAUUUUAUUUAUCCCACUUGUGUUUGUGGCAGGGGCUUGAGGAGAACAGGCAUAGGUGGUGGCUGUUCAGCUAGACUUGUAUCUUUCUGAUGUUGUAAUAACAAGUUUUCAGUCUUUGCAGGUUGAGGCAUUGAUUUUUCUGUUAAGGUACUGAAUCUGCUAGGCUCCUUUUUGAACGGCUACUCUCUACAAGCUUCUCAAAGAGUGAUAGUUGUAUCUUGUCACCCUGGUCCCCCCCCCUCCACCCCUUCCCCCCCCGUUCCAUCUCUCCAUCCCGAAUCUGUCCAAGCAAUACCAAGUCCAACAGAUGUGCCUAUCAUAAUGCCAACUGGUUGGAAAACUGUGUCGAAAGCAUUGGUGCAGAGCUUUGGCUAUGGUGGCAUCGGCCCUUGUGCCCGUUUUUGGUUGAAAGCUUGAAACUCUCUGCACCUGCCUUUGUCUGCUCAAUGUGGCAUAUUAUUGGGUAGAUGAUGCACUUACUGCUUGCAGUUGAAGCAGUGGUGACCUCUUUGAUCAGAGUGAAAAUGAUUUAUGACAGUCAACGUCAUCUAGGUCUUACUCGUUUUGGGGACCUGUGAGAAAUGGUAAACAUGAGGUCUGCAUUUAAGUCUGUCUUUCUCUUAGCUGAAUUUAUUAGAGCAUUUUAAAAAAAAUCCUAUUGGUGAUCAUUUUGUCCUUUUUAUGUCAAUCUCUGUGCUUGUGUGUUAUUUAGUGCUCAAGGGUGGGUUAAAAAGCUGUGAUUUAGCAGCAACUAACAUUGUGGUCACACUCCUGACUAUUGUUUAUUUAAUUCAUAGUACAUUUCUACAUGUAUAUUGAGAGAUAUAUAUGAUAGAGAACACAAAAUAUCCAUCUUUUUCAACAUUGUCUCAUAGCUGUGAAACUGAAUUAAGAUUUCAUAAAUAAACAAAUAUAAAUUCUGCCAAAAUUUGCAAACUGAGAACAUUGCAACGUUUCCUGUAUGUAAUUAUGAUGGUGGUGGAUUUUAAUACGCAAAAAAGUAGCAAAACGUUUCAACAAAAUGUGCAUGUUAUUUUUGUACAAUAUCACUUUUAAAGAAAGAUGGCAGAGGUACCUGAGAUCAUGGAUAACAAGCUUAACUAUUAAAAUGGACUCUCGGCUGCUCUAUUUUGAAGAUGGAACAAGACCCAGUUAAAUGUGUCAGAAAGUUCUUCUGGGCUUUGUUCAUUGUUCUGUUGUACAGCAACAGUUCGCUGAUAAAUGUCACUGAACUUGUGCUUCUCACCUUAAUUGUUUUUUUUUUUUUCCUCCUUCCCCUUUCUCUUGUAUAUACCCUUACAUGUAACACCUUCAGACAGAUUUACAGUCCAACCAGAUUUUUAGGACUGUUGAGAUUGGGGUGUUUUUGUUUCCGUUUUCCAGCUUUCAAUGUAACAAAUUAAACAAAGGAAGCUAUCCUAAAGCUCUCCCCUUUUUGCCAAGUUUAUUUCUGUGUAUGCAAGACAAUCGCAGACCAAAUCUUAUCGCUGGUUUGUUGACUGAACACAUUGUUUUGGUUUCAUGAAGGAUGUACGCUUUUUCGCCCCCCCCCCCCCCCCCCACCCCCGCCCCCGCUCCAUAGGCCCUAGGUGCUAGACUUUGUCCAUCUCACUGAAAUGCUUCUGUGAAUUGUUUGAUGUGCAUCAAUCUAUUUGUCAUAAAGUCUUGUAACAUGACAUUUUUGAGAAUGUUUUCGACUCUAAAUGAUUUCGGUAGGCUUGAGUAAUUAUUUUUGGCAGUCUCUUAAUGUAAAUGAGAUCAAACGCAGGAUACCUUUUUGAAUGUCUUGAAUUGUCUGAUGGAGAUGUUUCAUUGCUGUUUGGAAACAUGAUGUGUAUUUUUUAUUAUACAUGUUUCUCUGGUGAGCUCGGUUUUUCUUGCAUGUGGUAAAGCAACCCAACGGCAAGACAUCUCCUGGACCUGAGACAUGUUUAAGAAACCAUUGUUUCCACACCCCGACAGUCUCUGCUGUUUAACCUUUUUUGAUUUUGUUAGAGCAUCACAUUAAACAAUGCAGUGGAUCACCAACCAACUUAGCGAAGCACACGGCACACCGUUUUCAAAUCUCCUAUUUAACUGAUUUGUGCUAAUUCUUUGAAACUUUUAAGACAACACUGUAAUGCUUUUGACGAGAGCACAUGUAAUAUCUUUGGUCUUUAUGUUCUGACAAAUGACUAAAUCAGAGUUGGUGGGUAGACGGCAAUGCCACCUGAUCCACUUCAGACACUGAGGCCAUUACAAUGCUUUAUUUUUGUUUCCCAUACACAACGUCUUGUCAUUUGUCUUUAAUUCUUUUCUAUCAGCACUAUCAACUGCUCUCUGCUCAUUUGAGUUUUUCUCCUGUGUUUGCCUUCUAUUUUCAUCAAGUUUCCACAUUCAGACAUAACACUUUUUACAUCUGAGAUGUUUUGCGUUCAUUUUUCUAAUUGUAUUUUCAAAAAAAAGGAAAAAAAAAAAGAAAAAACAACAUUAAUCUUUUCCUCAUGACCUGGGUACAGUGAUUGUGUAGUCUAUUGUACCUUUUGGGAAACAAUACUGUAUAUCCUUGCCUUUGACAGUCUUAACUAUCUUACCCUCUGGAGAACUUGACAGAUACCCUUAGAACACAAUGAGUAUGUUAAAAAAAAUAUACAUAAAGUAAUAUUUUGCAAAAUGUAUCAUUCCAAUAAAGUUUUACUUGUUAAGACUAA